CAUUUGAAAUCCUUGGCGGCGUACAGAGCACUGUUUUUGUUGAGGAAGGAACCGUGAGAGUACAGAAAGCUUGUUUUAAACCAUCUCUUCGUUCGGAGGGUUUACAAUACAGUGCGUUAUAAUUGUGUGGAAUUCAAAUUAUGCAGAACAAGGAGAAUCGAGUGCCAGCAGCGCUUGUUGCAGGACCUCAGCGUGUGGAGAUUAGUCAUGCUUCAGACAGCUCAAAUAAGAAUGUCAUCACUGGUCCAGGAAGAGUGCAAGCUAGUGCCUCCUCUCAAAAGAGGACAACCAUAAAAGAUUUUGAUAUUGGUCGUCCACUUGGCAAAGGGAAGUUUGGCAAUGUAUAUUUGGCACGUGAGAAAAAGCUUAAGGUCAUUGUGGCUCUGAAAGUGCUUUUCAAGUCUCAGAUGGAAAAGGAGGGAGUAGAACAUCAACUGAGAAGAGAGAUUGAGAUCCAGUCGCACCUCAGGCAUCCCAAUAUUCUCCGUUUCUACAACUACUUCCACGAUGCCACACGAGUGUUCCUGGUCCUGGAGUAUGCUCCAAGGGGUGAAAUGUAUAAGGAACUGCAGCGCUGUGGACGGUUCGAUGACCAGCGCACAGCCACGUACAUGGAGGAGCUGGCCGAUGCCUUACAGUACUGCCAUGAAAAGAAGGUGAUUCACCGUGACAUCAAACCAGAGAACCUCCUGCUGGGUUUCAGGGGAGAGCUGAAGAUUGCUGACUUUGGCUGGUCUGUCCAUGCUCCCUCUUUGCGACGUCGUACUAUGUGCGGAACCCUGGACUACCUGCCCCCUGAGAUGGUGGAGGGCCACUCCCACGAUGAGAAGGUGGACUUGUGGUGUAUUGGGGUUCUGUGUUAUGAGUGCCUUGUUGGGAACCCUCCAUUUGAGUCUGCUAGCCACUCGGAAACCUACAAAAGGAUCACAAAGGUUGAUCUGCAGUUUCCCAAGAUUGUGUCUGACGGGGCUCGGGACCUGAUCUCGAAACUCCUUCGCCACAGCCCCAUGAUGCGUCUGCCCCUGAAGAAUGUAAUAGGUCACCCAUGGGUGCGGGCAAACUCCAGACGGGUACUACCUCCUGUUUGCAACCCUCGAGUGGAGGGUGUCUGAAUUUGGGGUGGGGUUUGGGAGACUUUUAUUAUUUUAUCUCAUUUAAAUACCCUGGUCUGUGCUGUAUUAUAUGACUUUGAUUCUAGCCUCUGAAUAUAAGUGGAUAAAUACUUCCAAGAUUCAGCUGCUGAGAGCUGCCCAGGGUUAUUUCUUGGCCUCAAGAAGUAUAUGGUGGUUUACCUUUGCCAGAUUGUUAUGCUGGUGGAGGCAUCUUUUUAAGAUUGUUUGCUCUUAACUCCUUCAUUAUUGUCUUUAGUUAUUUUGUUUUUAUUAUAUUGUGGUUAAAGUAAAUAUCCUAUUGUAGUAUUACACUGCAGUGUAAAUAUUUUUUUUUAAUCCAAAACCUUGUACAACAUGUCACUCAGAAUUUCUGUUGUUAAAGUGUGGGGGUGGUUGUGUACGUCUGUGUCAUAUUUACGUGUGCUGUCUGUGAAUUCAUGUUUCAAUAAAAUGAAACGUCUCACCUAAA